AAUUUUAUAAUGAGGAGUAGAAUAAGGAGUUCCAAGUCUUCCUCUGUUGCUGACAAAGGCAGAAAAGAGUGCUUUUCUCCAGAGCUAGAACCUGGUGACCUGGAGUCCUUUCCUUCCUCAGGAGCCAGAUGGGGCCUGGUAGUGCUGAGUGGAGGGGGAACCUCUGGCCGAAUGGCGUUCCUCAUGUCUGGGUCUUUCAACCAGCUGAUGAAAAGUCUAGGACAAAAGCCUCUUUACACCUAUCUCAUUGCAGGGGGUGACAGGUCUGUUGUGGCCUCUCGGGAACGGACAGAAGAUAGCGCCCUACACAGGAUCGAGGAGCUGAAGAAGGCGCCCUUUGUGGCAGGCCAGAUGGACUACUGCAUGGAUAACCCAGAUAUCUUCUUGCCGGUCCUGGUUGGCUUCAAUCCAGUGAGCAUGGCCAGGUGAGGCUUCUGUAAGACCGACCAGGGAUGCCCGAGAAAGGGACAUGUCAAAGUCUAUAGUAUUAUCACCAAGGAGAAGACAGAUAGGUGUAUAGUCUGGCUGCCAAGUCUCAGAAUGUAAAAGUAAUGGAGUAGUCUCUCAGCGUAUGGAGUCUUUGCUUCUUCAUUUUAAAUGUUCUCCCCUUGUUUCAGAAAUGAUGGAAGGCAGCUUACAGAAGCUACAUAAGCUGGGAAGGAUCUCUGAGUUUAAGGCCAGCCUGGUCUACAGAGCAAGUUCUAGGACAGCAAGGGAUUCAUAAAGAAGCCCUGUCUUGAAUAAACAAACAAAUAACCCAUCUCCUCCAAAAAUACACAAACAAACCCCCAAAGCUACAUAAAACACAAGCUUGCACAGAUUCAAACAGGGAUUGGAGAGGUAGAGAGAUAAGAACUACAAGGAAAACAACUAAACCAACCAACCAAACAAACAACCAACCAACCAAACAAACCAGGGUCAGGAAAGUCUGUUUUAUCUGGGGUGAGCCCCGGGCAUCUUUUCAGAGUGGUAGUGGGUCCCAGGUGACCACCCUCUCCUCUUCUCAGCUUCCUAUUUCACACUCUUUCCUUCAUCAUUCCAGACCCUCUUUGGCUCCUCACAUCUGCCCCUCU